UAGAACAACACUUUAAAACGUAUCAUUAAAAUGGUCAAUCCAUUAAGUAGAAUUUCAUCAUUUGUAAUACUAACUUUAUGUGUGGCCACCAUUUCCUCGCUUGAAUUGCAACCGAAACCACGAAACACUGCACCAGCGGUUUUAUUCGAUCCAAAAUAUGGCACACACAAAUUUGCCACUAUUAAUGGUAUUCGUUUGCAUUAUGUCGAAGCCGGAGACCGUACCAAACCGUUGAUGGUGUUCGUACAUGGAUUUCCCGAUUUCUGGUAUUCAUGGCGUUAUCAGAUUCCCGAAUUUUCUAAAGAUUAUUGGACUGUUGCCAUUGAUAUGCGUGGUUAUGCGUGGUCAGAGAGAUCAACCGAAGAGAAAGACUAUGUGUUACCCUGUUUGAUCGGAGAUUUGAAAGCCCUUAUUAAGUAUUUGAAUCGUAAGAAAUGUGUGCUUGUGAGUCAUGACUGGGGCACUUUAAUUGCAUCCGCAUUUAUCGCCAGAAAUCGGCAUAUGGUGUACAAAUAUAUUUUGAUGGGAGCUCCACCUCGGAAAGUGUUCAAGCAGCUUCUUGACGAAUCAACGGACCAGCGCAAUAAGUCAUCUUAUAUUUUAGUGUUCCUGAGCCGAGGUGUCGCUGAAUCAAUAUUGCAGGUCAAUGAUUAUGCCUUCCUCUCGCUAUUUUACAAAAACGAAGAUCUUGAUGUCUACAAAUAUGUCUUUUCGCAACCGGGUGCAUUAACGGCUGGAUUAAACUAUUAUCGUGCGAAUUUUUCGCUGAAGAAGGGAAAGCUUGACUUUGUUGAGAUCGACGGUGAUAAUGAUGACCUAGACGGGAAAAAUGGAAUGUACAUUUUAGGUGGAAAAGAUCCGUACAUGUCGCAGCUAUCAUUGAAUGCUACCGCUAAAGAGUAUCCAAAAAUGCGUGUCACGGUAAUUCCGAAUGCCGGACAUUUCUUACAACAAGAAGAAUCUGAAAUCACCAAUAAUUUAAUUCGCGACUUUCUUGGUCCAGCAUCCGAAAUACAUUUUAAGUAGAAAAGAAAAGUUUAAUUCAAAAAAAAUAAUAAAAUAUCCUUGCAGCAGCAGCAUCCCGCGGAAGUAAGUCAUUACAUGAAUGACACUAGCAUUAAAACUCACUUUCGUAUUGCUUUGUAAGUAAUAGUACAUUGCGUCCUUGUUUGGAGAUUUAUAUUUUGCCGAAAGGGAGGUUAGUAAGUUGGUACUUAAUUGUGUGAAAUAGUUAUUAAUGCAAUCGAGGUGCAAAGUACUUUAUAAGGCUCUAGAUGUGUGUGGCUGUGUGUCAAAA